AUGGGCUCGAUCAGCGCCCCAGUUGUAACCCUGGACUAUACACUCCGCGAUCUUUAUGCCAUUGACAAUCCUAAUGUUGGCGACUUAGUCUUCGUCUAUGCAAUUCCUUCCCCCCAUGGACCAUUGACGGAAGCUCUUCCCCAAUCGAAAACCUUCCCCAUCCAGGGCCCUCUGGCCACCUUCAUUAGUCUCGACGUGGCAGCCCGAAGUUGCCUCCUAGUCGGCCCAGAGUCGUACGGGUUCGUGACUGGGAACUCGCCACUGAUAUUGUUCGACAUCGACACACCACAGGCUAAGUCCUGCCCAAGCUAUCACGACGCCGCAGCAAGGGUUUUCAAUGCCCUGUCUCCGGCCCAGCGACCGCAGCUCUCGUUUGUGCGCGGACCAGCCGAUAUUACGGUGCGCGGGGACGACAAACAAUUCGUAGUCCUGCAUCCCAUGGAUGGUCUGCUCCACUUGCCACACACUGUCGACCCCUAUCAGCACUAUGAUUUACAAUCCAAGGUGGGACUUGCUAUGUUGGAGGGCGUUCCUACACCACGCACCGAGAUUGUGAAAACACAGUUGCAUCCCAGUAAGCUUGGAAACCCCGAUUUGGUUCGCCGGGAAGUGGACCGUAUGUUGGACGUAAUCCAACAGCAUGAGUUACCAUUUGUCCUCAAGUUUCCUCAAGCUUUCGCCGGACAAGGUGUUUUCAUCGUGCAAGAUAAGGUGGACCUCGAGAAGACAGUCAGCGUCCUCCGUCCUGAGAUCGAGAAAUUGAUCCUUCAGCUCACAGAGUCCAAUCCAUCCCUUGCAACAAAUGGCAUUAUAAUACAGGAACAUAUACCGACUGACACUUGCGAGGGUGUCAAUUUCUUUGUGACCAAGUCUGGAAGACCAGUCUUCCUGGGCGUCGGCCGACAACAAAUGAGCGAGAAGCACCAAUGGUACGGCAGCCGCAUCUCGUAUGCCGAUCAAGUUGAAGCGGGAAGGAAACAUGCAUCGAUAGUCGAGACCGUUGCGCGGGCCCUACACGAGCGUGGGUACUUCGGUCCAUGCGGCAUUGAUGUGAUCCAGGCCAACGAUGGACAGCAGCUUGUCAUUGAUCUGAACCCAAGAGUCACGGCAAGCUAUCAGUUACCAUUGCUGAAGAGGCAUUUUUACGAGCGAUUGGGAUUCAGCGAGGCAGUACUAUACUUUCCGUUAGGGUUGACGUGCAACCGUGAGACGUUUGAGGAACAGUUCGCAGAUGAGCUCCUGGCUGGAAGGAUUGUCGUCUGCGGCUGGUGUGAGAGUCGAGGAGGGCCUCUGGGAAUGUUUCGGUUUAGCCUAACGUCGUUGGUAUUGGCUGGGAGGACCGAAGAGGAUUUGGAAGAUCUGAUAAGCCGAGUAAAUGAGUACAAGAUCCAUAAGUAG